AUGCAGAAGGCCUCAGAACUGGUUCCCAGUGGGAUGCUGUCAGUCAUUGGUAGACCUCAGGAUCAGUAUAAUUAUGCCUGUCUGCAGGCAAAAGAGCACUGCAAGAGUCUGGGGAUGGAGAAUCCUGUGUGCUCUGUGGCCAACUACCUGUUUCCAGAUGGCAGGGUUAUUGCAGGGCACCAGCAGGCUCUGGAUUUCCUCCAGGAAAACUCUCGGCGCCUAAAGUUCAUGCGGACCAAAACUCUCCCAGUCAGUGGUGCGUUCCAUACUGAGCUGAUGGCAUCGGCUACUGAACCCCUCAGAGAGGUGCUCCGGCAGGUGGAGAGUGAGGGAAAGUCUUCCCUUCACCAUGAACUCAAACUGAAGAGACGGAUCCAGCGGGAAAACAGUCAGCGGGAACGCAGCGGGAGCGCCCGCAGCAGCUGCAGCAGCAGGGGCAGCCAAUCUGAUGACUUGACUAUCCAUGAGACGGAGAAGACAGAAAAAGAGAAAGACAAACAGGACUUAGAGAUUGAAAACAUUAUCAAGCAUGUCUUUCAUCGUGUUUUCCUUCUCUCACCCCAACCGGUCGCAGCAGAUGGCCCAAUCUUAGCUAGAAGAACCUCUCCAAACUUCUUUUUCAAUUCUCUAGAUACCGCUAUUGGGCUCAACUGCAUGUCCUCAUCCUCCCUCCUGAAUUUCAAAAUUAUCUUAAAUUCCUCCCCCACCGUCUUCUUCCUCACGACCCUGGACCCUUCAUCCAAGCUGUUCUCUUCCAAACUCCGUUUACUGGUCUGCGACCCAACCAAACCUGCCUCCUCUCUCCUGCUUCUCCCUCUUCCUGAUCUUCCCCCGCCAGCAACCGGAGUCCAUUCACCAAAAUCCAUAUCAUCGUCCUCAUCUACCAGAGACGCCAUUCCAGCCAGUCACAUAUCAGUUUAUGCCAACUUCCACAAUCCGUGA